AUGCUUGGCUUCAACAACCGCGUCACCUUCGACGAUGUGCGUCAGGAGAGGACGGGGAAGGAGGCAGGCCUCGACUUCUCCCCUUUACCCCGUGUAUCUGGACGGUCUUUCGUGAUGGGCCUCUUAGUGUCGAUGGGUGGACUCAUCUUCGGCUAUGACACUGGCCAAAUCUCCGGCUUCCUCGAGAUGCCCGACUUUCUGCAGCGUUUUGGCGAAUACUUACCUAACGACGAUGGCGAUUAUCAGUGGACAUUCACCCCCGUACGCUCAGGUCUUAUCGUUGGUCUACUAUCCAUUGGAACGCUAGUGGGAGCGCUCAUCGCCGCGCCCAUUGCCGAUAGAAUUGGCCGUCGUCUGUCUGUGUCGUUGUGGUGCGCUGUGGUGUCAAUUGGUUUCGUUAUCCAGAUCGCUGCCAAUAAUGCCUACGAGCAAAUCAUUGUUGGACGACUUGUCGCCGGUUUUGGUGUCGGCGCGCUGAGUCUGUUGGUGCCCAUGUACCAAGCCGAAACUGCACCUCCAUGGAUCCGUGGCGCUCUCGUUUGUGCCUACCAAUUGUUCAUCACCCUCGGUAUUUUCCUCGCUGCCGUGUUCAAUCUAGGGACAUAUGACCACCAGAGGAAUAGCUCGGCAUCUUGGCGCAUCGUCAUUGGACUUGGUUGGAUCUUCACAAUUGGGUUAGGUCUGGGUAUCCUCUCAUUUAGCGAGACACCUCGCUAUGCCUAUCGACAGGGACGCGUAGACGAGGCUAGGGAAACGCUCAUGAGGGUAUACGCUGCGCCAGCAAACCACUGGGCCAUCCACUCUCAAAUGGAAGAGAUUGAGAGCAAGCUGCGCGCCGAGUCACAGGUCAAGAGAGGUUUUAUUGGUGGCUACGUUGAGAUGUUUGGUGCACCACGCAUGGCUUAUCGUAUCGCACUUGGUGUCGCCCUGCAGAUGUUCCAACAGCUAACUGGUGCUAACUACUUCUUCUAUUAUGGUACAACGAUCUUCCAAUCCGUCCAAAUUAGCAGCUUCAUAACACAAGUUAUCCUCAACACCAUUAACUUUGGUGUGACCUUUAUUGGUUUAUAUCUAGUCGAGCAUUAUGGACGCCGCAAGAGUCUGAUCUUAGGCUCCAUCUGGAUGUUCAUAUGCUUCUUGAUCUUUGCUUCUGUGGGACAUUUCCUUUUGGAUAUCGAAACACCAACCAAUACUCCUACUGCGGGCAUCGUCUUGAUUGUUUUUGCCGCUAUCUUCGUCCUCGGUUAUGCUACUACUUGGGGGCCGAUGGUGUGGACUCUUAUUGCAGAAAUCUAUCCAUCGAAAUAUCGCGCAAAGGCUAUGGCGCUAGCUACUGCGAGCAAUUGGACCUGGAACUUUUUGAUUGCUUUCUUCACGCCCUUCAUCACAAAGGAUAUUGACUUCCGAUACGGCUACGUGUUUGCGGCUACGAAUGUCGUUGGUGGUUUGAUCGUCUACUUCUUCUGUAUGGAGGGUCAAGGCCGUACACUCGAGGAAAUCGACACGAUGUACGUUCAGCACGUCAACCCUAGAAAAUCGGCUCACUGGGUUGCCCCGCCACCCGAAGAAAUUGCUCGUAUUCGCCGUGAAGCUGGCACUGGCGAGGAGGAUAGCGCUAUGAAUGCCGCCAGCGACUCAGCUGAGGAGCAGAAGCACUCGUCUCUGCCGAGAAACGAACAUACCGAGCAUGCAUAG